AUCCCGCCCUUCUCUCAGUGACAGAAGGACAGAAGAGGGAAGAUCUUUACAGGCUGAAGUUCUGAAGUUCUGAACUCUAUAAAGAACCUGAGGGACUUUUACUGCAGCGGGUUUCUGUCCUUCAGAACAUGGACUGGGGAACAGCACUCUGGGACCAGCAUGAUGCGAUUGAGAAACACACCCAGUCGGGGCUGGAUUUGGUGGAACGUUAUGUGAAGUUCGUGAAAGAGCGAUCCGACAUCGAGCAGAACUACGCCAAACAGCUCAGGGGUCUUUGUAAAAAGUAUGCGAGGCGAGGGAGUAAAGAAGACCAGGAGACGAAGUUCACCAAUCAUAGGGCGUUUCAGGAGGUGGUGAACGAGCUGAACAAUUACGCCGGACAGAGGGAACAGCUGGCCGAGAACAUGAGCCUCAACAUCUGUGUGGAGCUCACCAAGUACAUGCUGGAACUCAAACUGGAGCGCAAGACUCUUCUGUCUGACGUUAAGAAAGCUCAACAAAACCUGGAGACCAGCUUCAAACAGCUGGAGAUGACUAAGAAGCGUUUUGAGAAGGAGUGGAAGGAAGUGGAGAAAGCCAAUCAGCAAGUAGAACGAGUGGAACAGGACCCGACCUCCAGCAAACUGGACGUAGACAAGGCGAAGCAGAGCGCCCAUAUCCGCGUUCACGCAGCCGACGAGUGUAAGAACGAAUACGCCGCUCAACUCCAGAAAUACAACAAAGAACAAAACAACCAUUACCACGCUGAAAUACCUGGUAUAUAUAAUAAACUACAGGAAGUGGACAAGAAGCGAAUAAAGAAGUUGGCUGAAGGUUACGGACUCUUCGCCGACACCGAGAGGAAGAUCUUGCCGACCAUCAGCAUGUGCCUCGACAACAUCACCACCACCAGCACCAACACCAACGAGAGACAGGACUCCAUGACCUUCAUUGAUCAGCAUAAGUCGGGUCUGGCGCCCCCUGUUGACGUGGAGUUUGAGGAUUAUAGCCAAGGAAUCAGAUCUGGAUCAGUGGAGAACCAAUCCAACCAUUUCAACCACUCCAAGAGCCGCAACAUCAAACUCUUAUUCAAGAAAAACAAGGCCGGAACCCAAGAUAAACACAUGCCGCCUCCGGUGGAGGAUUUCUCUCAUUUGCCUCCGGAUCAGAGGAAGAAGCGUCUGCAGGAGAGAAUCGAUGAGAUCAAAAGAGAAAUGCAGAAAGAAAUGGACAAGAGUGCGGCUCUCAGUAGGAUGAGAGGAGUUUAUGAGCAGAACUCUCAGUUAGGAGAUCCGUCCAGCCUGGAGCCUCAAAUCAACCAGAUCUCCCACAACAUCAGCAAACUGAAGGGGGACCAGCAGAGAUACGAGGCGUGGCUGAGUGAGGCAGGAGGGAUCAGUACAGUCAGCAACAACCCGAGCAGUUUAUACCUCCCUGUAACCGAAUCCUCGCCGGUUCUUCCGGAGCCGGUUGACGAUAUUUAUGAUGAAUUUGAGGAGUUCGAGGAUUUUGAGGACGAUGUUCCGAUCGCCCAGUGCUUAGCGCUCUACAGCUUCGAUGGGUCGAGUGAGGGGGCGGUCAGUAUGCAGGCGGGUGAGAAGCUGAAGGUGAUGGAUGAAGAUCACGGGGACGGAUGGGUUCGAGUGAAGAGAGACAGCGGAGACGAGGGAUACGUCCCGGCGUCCUACAUCAAAAUCAUACAGUGAUGCUCAUCAUAUACAGGGGUUGGAGAAUGAAACUGAAACAGCUGGUUUUAGAGCACAAUAAUUGAUUGUGGUGACGGACAGUUCUGGUGGAAACAGGAGAGUUGAGGUGAACAUUGAAUUCUGCAUGAUUUGAUCAGCCGUGGUUUUAUGGAGUUUUUCGGAUACAAUCCGGGUUAGCACCCGAACAUCCCUUUCAGACAGCUUCCUCUUACAGCGUCCACAGUUAAUCCUGUUGGAUGUGGUUGGUCCUUCUUGGUGGUAUGCUGACAUUACCCUGGAUACCGUGGCUCUUGAUGCAUCACAAAGACUUGCUGUCUUGGUCACAGAUGCUCCAGCAAGACGUGCACCAACAAUUUGUCCUCUUUUGAACUCUGGUAUGUCUCCCAUAAUGUUGUGUGCAUUGUAAUAUUUAGAGCAGAACUGUGCUCUUACCCUGCUAAUUGAACCUUCACACUCUGCUCUUACUGGUGCAAUGUGCAAUUAAUGAAGACUGAACACCAGGCUGCUCCAAUUUAGACAUGAAACCUAAAAUCCCACACUAAAAUGAUGACAGGUGUUUCAGUUUCAUUGUCCAAACCCCUGUAGAUAAACAUGCAGCUCUGUAAAAAAAUGAAGAGAUCACUUCAGUUUCUGAAUCAGUUUCUCUGAUUUUGCUAUUUAUAGGUUUAUGUUUAAGUAAAAUGAACAUUGUUGUUUUAUUCUAUAAACUACAGACAACAUUUCUCCCAAAUUACAAAUAAAACCUCAGACCUCAAAUAAUACAAAGAAAACAAGUUCAUAUUCAUAAAGUUUUAAGAGUUCAGAAAUAAUCAAUAUUUGGUGGAAUAGCCCUGAUGGUUUUUAAUCACAGUUUUUUUCAUGCAUCUUGUUCCCCUCCAACAGUCUUACACACUGCUUUUGAAUCACUUUGAUGGUUUGUGAUCAUCCAUCUUCCUCUUGAUUAUAUUCCAGAGGUUUGCAAUUUGGUAAAAUCAAAGAAAAUCAUAGUUUUUAAGUGCUCUCUUAUUUUUUUACAGAGCUUUUUUUCCAUAAUAUAUUUUCCACAAAAUUUUAUUUAACAAUAAGUGUACUUUAAAUCCUCCAAAUGGUUUGAUGGUUUGUUUUGGGUGUUGGAGAGUAUUUUUUUGUUUUACUUUCAAUAUUACUGUUUAAAGUUUUAAAGUUAUAUCUAUUGUCAUUUCUCUGUGUCGAGGUUAUGAAUCUCUGUUUUAUGCAUGCCAAAUUUAAAAAAUGUUAUAUUUUUUCCUGUUUACCGCAAAGUGUAUAUGUUUGUAUUAUAUUCUUUGUUUUGUUUAAUCCUUUGUCUUAUUACACAAUUUCUGUAAAACUGUUUUGUAACAUCAGUCAAAAGUAAAAAGUGCCAUACAAAUAAACUUAAGAAGUUUAAAAGUCAA